AUCGAACUCGAGUUCUUGAGCUGGCGAGGCAGGCAGUGAAGCCACUGAGCUAUAUCUCCGGCCCUGAGAAUGGAUUUAAAUGCCUCAGUAAGUCCUUUCCCAGUGUUCAGUGUCAUGCCGAUUCUGUCCAAAAUGGACAGGGCCCUUUAAAUUAUCUCCUCCUUUCACCUCCUCUGUUUGAACAAAAAUCACACAUCCCUCUGUGACGACAGAUGCACUAGGUGAAGCUCAAAUAUGAGUCACUCUCUCAGAUCAUCGCUGCUAGCUGAGAAGCACUGAAGCCUCUCGGGUGACAGGAGCAUCUGCGCAGGAAGACUCGUCCGAUACUGCAGCCCACGCGUGGGGCUCAGCACUGUCACCGGGACCGGACACCGGUGACGGCAGAAACCACACAGGGACGCAGGCAUUGUGUCGCCAGGUGGACCCACAGCUGGAGCUCCAGAAUCAUAUCUACAAAUUUCUCAGAGAUGGAUGAAAGAUAUCCAGCAUAUGCAGAAGUGAAGAAAUGUCUUCCUUCCAAGAAGCACAAGCAAAUGAAUAACAAAAAACAGGAACCGAUUUACUCAGAAGUGGGAGAAUAUCCUUCAAACUUCAACCAGAUAAAGAAAAAAACUGAAUCAUCUGAAGAAAACAGGUUCUCAGUUCCCUUUGCCUGGCGCCUCACGGUAGUGAUUCUUGCUGGCUCAUGCUUCUUCCUCUUUUUGGCAACUGGAAUUUUGGGUUUCCUAGUUUUCCAGGGUCGUCUGACAGCCCAAGUCCCUAAUUCUCCUCUGGAAAAUGUAACACGAGAGGAAGAGUUCCAUGACCGAAGCCUGGUGUUCACAUCGAGUCCAGUCAACACAGGAGGCAAAAAGAGUGAAUAUGAAGUCCAUUGGUCAUGUUGUGGAGAGAGUUGUUAUUAUUUCUCACGGGAAAAGAAGAACUUUGAAGACAGCAUGAAACUCUGCAAAAAAAUGAAUUCCACCCUUGUUAAGAUAGAAGAUGCACAGGAGCUGAACUUUAUUCAAAGCCAAAUAUCUUAUUUCUGUUGGAUUGGGUUGUCCCGUGAAGGAACCAGCAGACCCUGGACAUGGGAAGAUAAAUCACAACCCUCUCUUGAAAGUGAUUGGAAAGAAUCAGAGACUGGAAACUGUGGAAGUAUAACACCCACAAGGAUGAAUGCUCUUGAAUGUUCCAGAUUAAUAACCUAUAUUUGUGAGAAGAAAAAUGUUUGUCUGGCUACUGUGCAAUGAAGAACAAUCACCUUUCCCAGACCCAUGGAUGCUUUUCAUGGGCUGUACCUGCAUUGUACCCACUGAUUGAGAAACUUACUGGAAUGAGGAGUUGUAGAUCCACAGAUUCCGCUCCUGUCACAAGAAGAUGGCCUAACCACACCUUAGUGUAAGCUGGUGAAGUAAGAGACCGCUAGUACUUCCAGUGAGGGCCAACAGGCUCAGUUCUGCCACCCUGUCUGCAUCGUACACAAACUUAGAGGUUUCUACAAACUUCCGGCAGUAUCAUGCACAUUUGGUUAGGAAGCAAUGUUAACAGUAAAUGAAGUCAUGACUCUAUAGGAAGUGUUAUGAAUUAUUCUAUGAGUCACUACCUUUUAGGAGAAAGGCAGUAGGGUGUACUGGAGAGAAUGGAACAGUAUCCUGAACCAAGUGUAAAUUUGCUACCUGUACCACAUCCACUCUGCUCAUCAGCAAAU